CUUUUUUUGCCCCGUCCGUCCUUCACAGACCCACCCAUCACAAUCCUCGUUUUGUUGGGGUCCCACUUUCUUUAUAUAAACGUUUUUGCUCACACCUUUUUUCGGUCCGUCACUCAGUUUCCACCCCCACACAGUCACUCAUCAAUCGAUAAGACAAACGUUGCUGCAGUUACUUUCGUUCAGACGGACUCAACUCUUCAAGUUUCAACUUCUUUCGAGGAAUACAUUCACGACUCGACCCCUUCGCUUCUAGUCAUACGUGGCCCCCGUUUAUAUAUAUAUAAACACUCGCUCUUCUACUACACACCACACUACCAAAACCAACAAAACAACACCCCAAUAAAUUCAAUCAUGUUCGCCCGCAUCGCCACCCGUGCCCCUAUCUCCGCUGCCUUCGCAGCCAAGCGCGUCACUCCUGCCGCCGUGCGCUUCAACUCCUCCAGCUCCUCCAGCAGCGCCGCCCGCAUGAUGGAAAUGGCUGCGCAAGCCGAGCGACCCAACGCCACCGAAGCGGCCGUCCCCGUCAUGUGGGCCCUCUGCGGUGCCCUCACCUUCGCCGCUUGGAACCGCGUCAGCGAGCGCAAUGCCAGCCACGAGGUUGAGAAGCUGCUUAUUGUUUAAGCAUGCUACGACGAAACAUUGACGACAUACUACUAUACUACUUCUUCUACGAUACCCCCCGACAUACCAUACCUACUACCGGCCUUUUGUUGUCACACAUUCACACGCACACACCUCUUUCCUUCUUCUUUCCUCGAUUUAGAUGGACGUCUAUCUUUUUUUUCUUUAACUUGUAAACACCUUUCUAUUCUUCCUUGGUCUGCUUCGCAUCUUUUCUUGGGAGCGAUAGAGAGGAAUAGUAAUAGACGGUUCAAGAUGUGGUAGAGCAUUUUUUAGGAUUUGCUUUGCUUGCUGCGUGGUCAGGAUUCUUCUGUCUUCUUGUGCGAGUAGAUAGAUGGUCUUUUCUUAUUUUGGUAAUUGAAAUGUUACUUGACUAGCUUAUAUGACUCAAUGCAACAUAACUACGUGAACGCUGUAAA